AUAUAAUGUUUAUAUUCCUUGGCCGUUAACUAAAAUGACUCAAAAUAUGGCAAUGUAAGGUGUAGAUCCAUUCAACAGCCAUGGGAACGUCCUGUACGGCUGUUAGAUGAUCCUCUUUGGGGAAUUCUCAAUUUUUCUAUUUCAUCGUAAAAUACCAAAUUUGUUUAAAUCUUUCCACAUGCCUAUUACGAAGUUUUCUCUCUCACCCUUGAAUUUUUCACAUUAAUGUAUCCGCAAAAAUUCAAAAUAACAUUAUUUUAUAGCCUGUUUCAAGGCUGAAUCCCUCGCGCGGAGCCAAUCAUUCACUCUUGUAUUUUCUCUUGUCCGGGUUUAGCUUACGAGGUCGCAUUAAAUUCGUUCGGCGCCUGAAAGUCCAACAAUAAAUGAUUUGGGUGCCCACUGUUCGAAUUGUUUUAGGAGUGGGUACCAAUAGUUUCAAUGAGAGGGCAAAUCUUUCAAAUUAUAUAUUUCAGAUUGGGUACGUGAAAUUUCUGUGAAAGGAUAAAUGCGUUUAUGGUUCGGGGCUGAGACUACAGAGCAGAAUCGGGUGCAGUCCUAUCUGUGGCAUGGGAUUGUAUAUUAACCAUGAUGCACUAUGCCUGAACAUGGUGUUAGAUCUUUAGCUCCUCUUCAAUGGAAACAUGCCAAUACAGCUCUUCUCCUAUUUCGAUUUUACUACUUCCCAAGAGCAGUACUGUCCAACAGGCUUCCCUUGCAUUCAGGAACUUUGGAAGCAGCAGUUCUGUUAGGACCCACUUAUCUGUAAACAGAAGACAGUGCUUCAGGCUUUUUUGCCAGCCUCAAAUUGCUCUAUUCUUAAAAUUCAAAUUGAGAGUGGACAACCGGCUCCACUUUUCUCCAUUACUUGGUGGUCCUGGUACAACUUGUGCAUUGGAGAGGAGGAGAUUAUACAGAGAGACUGCCAACAGGCAGUUUUCCUGCAAUGCUGUUGGUGCAGACGCAGAACAAUGCAAGGAGGAAGAUUCUCAAGAGGAUGCUCAAGGGAAUGGUCAAAUCAAAGUGGACACAGAGGCAGAGAAUGCACAGAACCAUGAACUGGAAAGGCAAAAUCAAAGUAGACAAUUGCAAAAGCGGAUUAUUUUUGGAUUGGCCAUUGGUGUCAGUGUGGGUGCCUUUGUAUUAGCUGGGGGCUGGAUUUUUACAGUGGGAUUGGCUUUGGCAAUUCUGGUCGGCACUCGAGAGUAUUUUGAAUUAGUUAGAAGCCAUGGUAUAGCUGCUGGUAUGACACCACCACCUAGAUAUGUAUCUAGAGUUUGCUCUGCAAUUUGUGCAGUCAUGCCUUUGAUGACAAUGUACUUUGGAGGCCGCAUGGGAGUCGCCGUCACAUCAUCUGCUUUCUUUCUAGCUAUUGUUCUCUUUCUGCAGCGAGAAAGUCCUCGGUUUGCACAGCUUAGCAGUAUAAUAUUUGGUUUAUUUUACUGCGGAUAUCUUCCAUCUUUCUGGGUCAAACUCCGAUGUGGUCUGGCAGUUCCUGCAUUGAAUACAAAAAUAGGAGCAUUAUGGCCUGUGCUGCUUGGUGGUCAGGCACAAUGGACUGUGGGUCUUGUGGCAACUUUGAUGUCUAUUAGCAGCAUCAUUGCAGCAGACACAGGAGCAUUCCUUGGAGGAAAGACUUUUGGUCGAACUCCUCUUACUAGUGUGAGCCCAAAGAAGACUUGGGAAGGUGCAUUUGCAGGCUUCGGUACUUCUCUUGCAGUCACGAUUGUACUUUUUAAAAUCUUGAGUUGGCCUACAUCAUUCUUAAGUGCAUUUGCAUUUGCAUUGCUGAAUUUCAUGGGAUCCAUUUUUGGGGACCUUAUUGAGUCAAUGAUCAAGCGCGAUGCAGGGGUGAAGGACUCUGGACGCCUCAUUCCUGGACAUGGUGGCUUGCUAGACCGAGUUGAUAGCUACCUGUUCACAGGUGCACUGGUUUACUCAUUUGUAAAAAUUGGCUUGCCGCUGUAUGGAGUUUGAAAUUAUUGUACACUUGGCAAGAUAUGGAAAUGAAAUCCAAUAGACAAAUGAAACUGUACCUAUGAUCAGUCUGUAUUAUGUUCUAUGGAUGCAUUGAAUUUGGGCUGAAAUUUACAGUCGUUCCUCAGCAUGUUCACCAAGAAUCUAUUAUCCUUUCAAGCACAGAAUUUGCACUAGAGCUUAUAUUUCUUGUGUAGAUAGAUUAAUAACAACACGGUUUCAUUUUGUAGCUUAAUCAGCAAGAGAAGAUAUAUGCAUGAAAUAAUAUUCAUCCCCUUUCAAUGCAUAAUUGAGGAAAUAUGUACCAGCUGCACCAUACAAAAAUCUACCUUUCUGGUGGGAUAAAUGUAACAUACUGUGUUUCUAAUGAAAUUGACGUAAUAAAUCACAAUAAUUUAUGAGUGGCCA